AAUAAUAAAAAAGAAUAGGGAUGCAAUAGAGAUAAGGAGAUGGCAACAAACUCUCAAAUAUCAUCUUUAGAUUGAGCUCAAAAAUACAAAGCAUGCAAUUACAGUCCUUUCCUCUUCAACUUCACUGAAAUGCUAACAUGGAUAAACCCUCCCAAAACCCUACUCCUCCCCUUUACUUCCAUUUCCUCAAUUUCUCCAAAACCAAACAAAACCCUCAAAUCCUUUCACAUUUCCACUCAACCCCCCAUGCUUAAUACUUCAACUGAUUGUGGUCUCAAAUUCAGAGAAAAAUUACUCUAUCUUCAACAACUCAAAAUCAAUCCCACUAAAGCCCUUCAAUUAAACCCUCAUCUUCGAUCAGCAACACUUAAUACAAUCAAAUCUGUUGAAACUUGUCUCUUUUCUAUGGGUAUUGAACGUUCAGCAAUUGGUCGAAUACUUGAUAUGCAUCCCCAAUUAUUAACAUCAGACCCUUAUAAAGACUUAUACCCAAUCUUCGAUUUCCUAUUAAACGACGUCGUUUUACCCUUUUACGACAUUCGUAAAUCGAUUAUACGUUGUCCAAGAAUCUUGGUUUGUAGCGUUGAGGAUCAAUUAAAACCCACAUUUCAAUUCUUGAAAGAAUUCGGGUUUUCGGGUCAAAACCGGAUUACUUGUCAAACCACUGUAUUGCUUGUUUCAAGUGUUGAGCUUACUUUAAACCCUAAAAUUGAUUACAUGUUGAGUUUAGGGUUUAAGUAUGAUGAGGUUGUUAAUAUGGUUUUAAGGUCACCUGGUUUGUUGACAUUUAGUAUUGAGAAGAAUUUUAGGCCGAAAGUCGGGUUUUUUUUGAACGAAAUGAAUGGGGAUUUAAGGGAAUUAAAGAAGUUUCCACAGUAUUUUUCGUUUAGUUUGGAAGGGAAGAUUAAGCCUAGGCAUAGGCUAUUGGUGGAACACGGGUUUUCGAUGUCUUUAUCGGAUAUGUUGAAGGUUAGUGACGGGGAAUUCAAUGCGAGAUUGAUUGAAAUGCGAUUGCGGUUAGUGGAGGAUAAGCAAUUGUAGUACUAUGUUGCACUUAAGUCUCAAACAAACAUUAACUUUUCUUGGGCUUAAAAGGCCAGGUAAGAGGCCUUUGGGAUUUAUGGGCCUCUUGUCGAAGCUGGCCCACCUGUGGGAAUACACUGGUAUGUUGUUGUUAUCGUCGUUGUCGAAGCUGGCUUACCUUGAAAUAGAAUCAGCCUUUCAGGCCUCGUGGGCUUUAAGGGCCAGGAAGCAUUCUGUUAUUUAUGGGCCUCUUGUCGAAGCUGGCCUACCUUAAGUAGGAUCAACCUUGCAGGCCUCUUGAGCUUUAAGGGCCAGAAAGGCGGGCCUUCUACUUGGAAUGCAGUACUGGAAGCUAAAGAAUUGUGUGUCUGAGUAAUAACUUUAACCUGUUUUAGAUGAUAUAAUAUGACACCUCUUGAAUUUACAUGAGGAAAUGGUUUCUUAUCCCCAUUUGCAAUUUGAAUAGAAGAAAAUGAUCCAACAAAGAUAUCUGGUAUUUUAUUUACAGAUCUUCUUUGCUAUUUCUUACUGAUCUCCAUUGUAAUGAGCUACAAAACCAAAUCUCCCGUUGUUCUUUAAGGGAGUGAAUCCUUUACAUAAUCAUGAUUGGAGAAAUACAUAGGUUGAUUGUUAUAUUUAGACUGAGGAGUUUUGAGGGGUCUUGUUUGAUCCUACCCUAUUG